UCUGCAAUGCUUCAUCAGUGUUCAAGCACCUUCAACCCCACACGUUUUUCCCUUUUCCUCUCCUCCUGGAAAAUUCCUCUGCUUUCCCACUUCUAUUCCUGCAUUUUCCCACUAACCAAACACAUCUCUCCUGUUUUUCAUGAAAAAGUGAGAUUAUGGUGAAGAAGCAGCUGCUUUGUUGCUGGGGGUGGCUCAUAAUCUUCAAUCAUCUGCUACUAGCAGCUCUUGUUUGCUCCAAAAGCCAUGGAAACCCUGCAAAUGAUCUUGUUGACAUUAUCAACAACAAUCGAACAGCUCACAAACUUCCAAAACUAAACGACAGUUCAGGACUCGGGUGCAUUGCCUUGCAAUAUGCUGAGUUAUGCAAGGGAAACUGCACUAGCAACAAUACCGUGAACUGCAAACCGUCUGAAGAUGACUUCACCGAAGUUUUUGCCCCCAACUGUGGUGUGGAACUACCCACUUUCGACACCAUAACUGCCCACAUUGUGGGUUGUCAAUCCAAGUAUCUCGAGCCCUCACUGGCGUUUGAACAUGUUCUUGUUCGAGACAGCAAGGCUUUAUCAAUUCUGAGAAAUAAAUCACAUACUGAGGUGGGAGUAGGCAUGGUUCGGGCUCACAAAGGGCCAUUUUUUUGGUGUGUUCUCUUCAGCAGUGGGAAGACAAACUCCACAUUUGUACUGGAAAAUCGCGGUGAAGGGAUCCAUCAAAAGAAAGGUUGCUACAGUGGAAGCAGCAUACCAUGCAGUGCAGGUCAAAGGAAUGAUUCCUCGCUGUUGAACAAUGUUACUAUCAUCGCUUUUCUAUGUGCUGUUUAUCUUUUCCAACAGUUGCACUUCAAUUACUGAUUCGUGGUUACAGCUCUGAUAUAUUUCCCUAGAGAAUGCUCGAAAUUUUUUUUACGAUUGACUUGAGAAGAGUGUGAUACACACACACACAGACAGACCAAAAUGGAUUCUAAUUUAUGUUUUUGCUUUUGAUCCC